AUGGUGACAAUCUUAACAGCACUGAAACAUUUUCCCGAAUCUCCGCUCAGAACACAUGAAACUACUCACGAUAUGGAGUCCCAGAACCUUCCCGUACCCCUACAGAACUUUAUUCCUUAUUUUAGGGAAAAGGCUGUGUCAGGGGCUGCUGUGCAUGAGGUGAUGGCGAGAUUUCAUGCCCAUGAAACCAGACUCCGACAAAUUUAUGCCCAGGACACUGAAAGCCACAUGAUUGCAGAUCCAUACAGCAACACGGUUCCCAUAUUCGCCAGGUACGAACAUCUUUUGACCAUUCGGGCCCGCCAAGCCGACUCCGAGUCGACAAGGGAGCAAGAGCAGUAUAUCUUUCCCUUGGACGUCGCUGAUCGACGAGAGACGGGCUCGUUGGCCGUGGUGAGGUCGCUGGUCGACUUCCAAAGGAAUUUCCGGAUCUUCUCCGAAUGGUCCCUCGACGAUUGGCAUAAUAUAGUCGUCGCUGGCGGCGCGGUGACAACCUGUCUGCUUCCCGUACCCCUGCCGCACAACGCCUCCGAUGGUGCUCUUCGUUUGCUCCCGCUUCCGAUAUUGAUAUUUUUAUCUAUGGACUCAAUGAGCCGCAAGCGAUUCAGAAGAUGGAGCAUAUCAAAGCUUGCAUCCGCGGUAAUGUUCUCGGCGAAGCCACGGUACCCCACGCGCCACGUGCAGAUCGUCCUCCGCUUGUACAGAAACAUAUCUGAGAUUCUGACCAGGUUUGAUGUUGACUGCGCUGGCGUCGCGUUUAACGGAUCCCAGGUCUGGGCGACACCCCGUGCGUUAGCUGCCUUUAUGACGCAGGUCAACACGGUGGACUUCACGCGAUGCUCACCCUUGUACGAAAACCGUCUCGCCAAGUACGCGAAGCGGGGCUUUGAAGUCUUGUGGCAGGGCUUUGAUCGGUCCAAGAUCGAUCGGACCAUCUUCGACCGUGACGCCAGCCAGGUAGUGGGCUUAGCUCGUCUUCUUGUGCUGGAGAAGGGAUGGAUAGAGAGAAACGGCCGUUCCGGCUCAGGUGUAGACUCGUCUUCCCAUAGAGAUCGACGGGCGGGUGUCUGUGACGGAGAAGACAGUUCGGAGACGUCGAAUUAUGAAUUCAUCUGCAUACCUUACGGUCCUGGAUACGACGCUACAAGGAUUACAAAACGGCUCCAGAGGAUCGAACGCCGCCUCAACAGGGCGCGCCCAGGGAUGUCGUCGACAAAGUUGCAUCGUCACCCAUGUUUCGUCGGAUCCGUCAAGGAUGUUGUGUUGGAUUGUUGCAGUUCGUGUCCGGACCCUGAGACAGAGACUGACAUGGCCAUGGAAGCCGAAAACUCAAGGAGAUACGUAUCCGGAGCGGUGCGGUUUUUGAAGGUUCAACACUGGAGUCCCAUCAUUAUUACUCGAAUUAGAGGACUGUGGUGA